GGAAAAUAAAUGGUGGUCAUAAUCACAAGUCACCAUUAUUUAUGUGGUAGUAGUAAACAAGGAAGCUUCCUCUGAGUCAAAAGGUCAACGACACUCCUUCAUGCUCUAUUGCUUUGGAGCCCAUAUUUUCUGUGUUAUUCUUUCUUUGGCAUCAUUUCCCGGAAGCUUGACAAGAAGUAAACAAGAAUGCUCCUCCAAGCACGAAGGAAAGUGCCAUGACAAGAACAAGGCAUUGAAGCUGAAAAUCAUCGCCAUCUUCUGCAUUCUGGUAACCAGCAUGCUAGGCAUCUGCCUCCCAAUCUUCUCCGGCGCCGUCCCCGCCUUGAAUCCAAACGGCGACCUCUUCGCCAUCGUAAAAGCCUUCGCCUCCGGCGUCAUACUCGCCACCGGUUACAUGCAUGUUUUGCCUGACUCGUUUGACGACCUCACCUCGCCGUGCUUGCCGGAACGCCCCUGGCACAAGUUCCCCUUCACCACGUUUGUUGCUAUGCUCUCCGCUGUUUUUACUCUCAUGGUUGAUUCCUUCUCCAUCAGCUUCUUCAAGAAGAAGCUUUCUGCCGUGUCGUCGGAAGGUGGUGAUCCUCGUGAGCCCAAGGAAUUGGAAAACGUUGGCGGUUAUGAUCAUCAUCAUGCACAUGGAAUGCUUGUGACGACGGGUGUAAAUGCAGAACAGUUGCUCCGCCACCGGGUUGUGGCUCAGGUGUUGGAGCUAGGCAUUGUGGUGCACUCAGUGGUGAUUGGUUUGUCAAUGGGAGCUUCUGAGAAUCCAUGCACAAUUAGGCCUCUGAUGGCAGCACUUUGCUUCCAUCAACUCUUUGAGGGAAUGGGAUUGGGUGGUUGUAUACUUCAGGCUGAGUAUGGAUUCAAGGUGAAAGCGAUUAUGAUAUUCUUCUUCUCCGUGACGACGCCAUUUGGGAUUGUGUUGGGGAUUGGUUUGUCGAAGGUGUACAGCGAUACUAGUCCGACUUCUCUGAUCGUGGAGGGGAUUCUGAACGCGGUGUCCGCGGGGCUUCUGAAUUAUAUGGCGCUGGUGGAUUUGCUGGCUGCAGAUUUCAUGGGGCCUAAGUUGCAGAGCAGAGUGAGGCUUCAGUUGUGGGCGUUCGUGGCGGUUUUACUUGGGGCAGGGGGCAUGUCUGUGAUGGCAAUUUGGGCAUAGAUGUUGAUGAUUUCGUGGAACCCUUUCGUGAAUUACCAUGACAUUUGUUUGUUGGUUGCAUGUUGCAACUCAAUUUUGGCAUGAAAUAGUAAUGCAAGAAUUCAACA